AUGAAUCUGGCAGAGAUAUGUGACAACGCCGAGAAGGGUCGUGAGUACGCUCUGCAGGGGAACUAUGACUCCUCCAUUGUGUAUUACCAAGGCGUCAUUCAGCAGAUCCACAAGCACUGCCAGUCGCUCAGAGACCCUGCACUCAAAGUCAAAUGGCAACAGGUCAGGCAGGAACUAACUGAGGAGUGUGAGCAGGUGAAAGGCAUCAUGGGAACGCUCGAGAGAUUUAAGUUGGAGAAGCCGGCUGACGUUCUCGCCCCUCAAUGGGAGGAGAGGCCCGAGGAUCCAGCAGUGUGUCCCCCUCCCACCCCUGCAGAGCGUCAGAGGAAGUUUGGUGGCACGGGAUAUGACAGCGACCUGGUGGACUCACUGGAGUGAGAUAUUGUGUCCUGCAACCCCAACGUGCACUGGGAGGACAUUGCUGACCUGGAAGACGCUAAGAAGCUGCUGAGGGAAGCGGUGGUGUUGCCCAUGUGGAUGCACUUCUUCAAGGGCAUUCGUCGCCCCUGGAAGGGCGUGUUAAUGGUCGGCCCUCCCGGGAUGGGGAAGACCAUGUUAGCUAAAGCUGUGGCCACAGAAUGUGGGACUACUUUCUUCAACGUGUCCUCCUCCACCCUCACUUCCAAAUACAGGGGCGAGGCAGAGAAACUUGUUCGCCUGCUGUUCGAAAUGGCCCGCUUUUAUGCACCGACAAUCAUCUUCAUAGACGGGGUAGACUCCAUCUGUGGCAGGAGAGGAACGUCUGAUGAACAUGAGGCCAGCCGCAGGGUCAAGUCCGAGCUUCUGGUUCAGAUGGAUGGCGUGGGGGGGGGCUCUGGAAACGAUGACCCCUCUAAGAUGGUGAUGGUCCUCGCCGCCACCAUCUUCCCCUGGGACAUCGACAAGGUGUUACGACGGCGUCUAGAGAAGAGGAUCUACAUCCCCCUGCCCACAGCUGUGGGUCGUGUCGUGCUUCUAAAGAUCAACCUAAGAGAGGUGGAUGUAGCUGCUGACGUGGACCUGGACCUCAUCGCUGAGAAGAUUGAGGGCUACUCUGGAGCAGACAUCACCAACGUCUGCAGGGAUGCGUCUAUGAUGGCGAUGCGUCGUCGAAUCCAAGGCCUGAGCCCCGAGGAGAUCCGAGCUCUGUCCAACGACGAGCUGCAGAUGCCCGUGACCAUGGAGGACUUCGCCCUCGCGCUCACAAAGAUCUCCAAGUCCGUCUCCGCCGCCGACCUGGAAAAGUACGAAUCCUGGAUGGCUGAGUUUGGGUCAGUGUAGAGAACGGUUCCGCUCAGAC